AUGGCGGCACUCCCCGGUAGACCAGGGAACCUUACCCAAGAAGAGGAGGACAAGUUGCGCAGAUUCUGGGAGAUGUUCCUACAAAUAUGUGGCCUCUUUGAUGAAGAUGGCGCUGAGGGGGAGACGCCCACGCCGCUUGGAGAACAACCGAAGACGAUGACUGCUGGUUCAGAUAAGCCUAAGAAAAAGCGACUCAAUCCUUUUAAGAAAAGGAAGGAUAAGGCUAAAGAGAACAAGACAGAGAAAGACGCGGCCAAUUUUGUCCCAAAGGAGAACGAUCCCGAAGACAAAUGGGGCGAGGGCAAGGCAUACCAUGAGACUCUAGCCAAGCAUACGCCCGAAGAGAUUCGAGCUACGAUAUGGUCUAUGGUGAAGCAUGACAACCCCGAUGCUUUGUUAUUGCGCUUUCUACGGGCUCGAAAGUGGGACCUGCAAAGGGCUCUCGUCAUGAUGGUCUCAACAAUGAGCUGGAGAGCAUCGGAGAUGCGCGUAGACACUGACAUCAUGGUCAAGGGAGAGGAGCAAGCAUUGAUCGACGAGCAGAGUAGUGACGAGUCCGUCAAAAAGGAGGGAGAAGAUUUCUUAGCACAGAUGCGGCUUGGGAAGAGUUACUGCUACGGAAUUGACAAAGCGGGACGGCCUAUUUGCGUUUGUAGGGCUCGAUUGCAUAAGGCCGGCGAGCAGUCCGAGACUUCACUCGAGCGCUAUACUGUUUAUCUUAUCGAGACGACCCGGUUCCUCCUGUCACCACCAGUGGACACGGGUUGUAUUGUCUUCGACUUGACUGGCUUCUCGUUAGCAAAUAUGGACUAUACCCCAGUCAAGUUCAUGAUUCGAUGUUUCGAGGCCAAUUAUCCCGAAAGCUUGGGUGUCGUGCUUGUACACAAAGCCCCAUGGGUGUUCCAAGGGGUGUGGAGAAUUAUUCGCGGGUGGUUAGAUCCCGUCGUGGCGAGCAAGGUACAUUUUACAAAUAAUGUGAAGGAUCUAGAGGAGUUCAUCGACAAAGACAAGAUACCCGACGAGAUGGAGGGUACUUCUGGCUGGUCGUAUGAAUACAUAGAACCUGUGCGCGGCGAGAACGACAAAAUGAGCGAUGUGGAGACUCGAGAUAAGCUCAUCAAGGAACGAGAGGCGAUCUACGAGGAAUUUGAAAACAAGACAAUUGAAUGGAUCCACGAAGAAGAUGCCACCAAGCGCACAGCUGUCAAAUCACAACGGAACGCUAUCGCUCAAAAGCUCAGGGAGCAAUAUUGGCGGUUAGACCCCUACAUUCGGUCAAGAACACUCUACGACAGGAUAGGAGUCAUUAAGCCUGAUGGCAAACUUGAUUAUUAUCCUCCUUGGCAAGCCGUGGGAACUACAAACGGUGCUCUAGCGGCAACCACAGCCGUGGAAACGUCUGCAGAUGAUUUAGAUUAA